AUGGUUACCGAAAUAGAUCUCGACACUCUUAGGAACCGUAAAGCACUGCAAAGGGGUAUAGAGCCUAUACGAGCCAAACUGAUUGGAAACGGAAUCAUACGUAUUUAUAGGGAGUUUGAGUUUGAGCGUGAGGAGGCGGUGGUGGAGGAACAGGAAAAGGAGCAAGAGAUCGAGGCGGAUGGUAAGCAGAAAGAUGUAUAUAGAUCGGAAACAUCAAAGCACACAACAAGAAAAAAACUGGUAUCAAAGCCUGGAGAUGACUCAAUGAUAGCGAUACUUGCCAUUCCAACCUACUUUACAGCCACAGAUUUGCUAGGAUUUAUAGGAGAACAUUUUGUACAAGAAAUCUCACAUAUCCGAGUUCUCAAGAGCGAAAAGCCCAACCGGUUUUUAGGGCUUAUCAAAUUCAGAGACAUAGUUAAGGCAGCGGAGUUUCAGUAUCAAUUCGAUGGCAAAAAUUUUAAUUCUAUGGAACCUGAAACUUGUCAUGUUAUCUAUGUCAAAUCAAUACAGUCAAAUUUCUCACGGCAGGCCGAUGAAAUCCAAUCAAUGAUUCCAUUCUUACUUCUUGAUCCAUUUACCAGCGUGCCUUCUUUAUCGCUGACUACUGAUAUAACUGGUAAAAGUGCAUCUACCUCAAAGCAAUUUGAUUUAGUCUCCAGUAACCCUAUUGUUGAGCUUCCCUCGUGCCCCGUUUGUCUUGAGAGGAUGGAUGCAACUAUAACGGGUCUUUUAACUAUCCCGUGCCAACACACUUUCCAUUGUCAGUGUUUGUUAAAGUGGAGAGAUGAUUCGUGUCCUGUGUGUCGAUACUCGCAUAGUCUUGCAACUUCGCAAGACAUCAGGCAGGCAUCAGCGAGGUUUAGACAUCUUAGUAGAAGUGAACUGACUCUGCGUGGUGCAGCGUCUUUACUUAGACGAUCGUCCACCGCAAUUUCAGAAGAAGCAAUAGUCGAUGACGAUGGUAGAGAAGGAGAUGUGGGAGUGUCAGAGUCCGAGAGUUGUGCCGAGUGCACAGAGAGGUCAAAUCUAUGGAUCUGCCUUAUUUGUGGGAAUGUAGGAUGCAGCAGAUACGCGCCAGAGCAACAUUCUUUGAAGCAUUUUGUUGCCACAGGACAUUGCUUUGCCAUGGAGAUCUCUACUAGCCGGGUGUGGGAUUAUGCAGGUGAUAAUUAUGUGCAUAGACUAAUUACUAAUGAGGCUGAUGGAAAAUUGGUUGAGCUACCAGAUAAAGAUGUGGCACACUCGAGUUCCAAAAGUCAAGCAGGAGUUACGGAUAAAGUUGAUGCUGUUGGAUUUGAAUAUUCGCAACUUUUGAUAAGUCAGCUUGCUAGCCAGCGUGAAUACUAUGAGGAGUUGAUCAUGCAGCGCGAUAAUCUCCUUCUUUCGCAUCAAAAAUCUUCAUCGUUGCCAGAUACCAGUGGAGAUACGAAGAUAGACAUAAAUACAAAUACAAGCAAAAGUGCAAAUGUGACCUCGAUAUCUGAUCUAGAGGCAAGAGUUGAAGAGCUAGCUUUGAAAGUUGAAGAAUUGAACUCAAAUGUUGUGCCAUCACUAAAGGGAAAGGUACAAAAUAAAGAAGAGAGGAUAAGCGCUUUGUUGAGGGAACUAUCUACUAUCAAGACUUUGAAUGAGGCAUUUUCUAGAAAGAUUGAGUUUUUAACAAGCGCAAAUAACGACCAGAAAAAGAUUAUUGAAAAAUUGGAACAAGAAAAGAAGGAGCUUGGCGAACAGGUUACGGACUUGAUGUUCUUUUUAGACAGUAAAGAAAAAUUUAAGGAUGAACCCGAAGACGUACGACAAGGUACGGUAGUAAUUCUGGAACCGCAAUCCAGAUCUACCUCCAAUUCUACCACAAAGAAGAAGAAGAAAAAGUCAAAGAAAUAA